AUACAGACUCGCGCGCGGGGCGAAGCACGGAGGAACAGAGCGAGCUCGUGAGGAGGCGCGCGCUGCCGUUUCUGCUGGAGUCUCUGUGUGUGUGUGUAUGUUAGUGUUUAUGCGCGCGCACGUGUGUGUGUAUGUGUGUGAGUGAAGUGUGUGUGUAAGACAGUUGUCCUGGUGUAGAGGAGAUGCCGCGGCGGCGGCGCGCGGGACCCGAUCUGCACGGAGACAGGUGCGCGAGCGCAGGAGAGGAGUAGGUCCGGCACGCUCGCGCCUGCAGGAGGAGGAGGAGGAGGAGGAGGGGAAGGAGGAGGAGGAGGAGGGGGGCUGGACCGCGCGCCGCUACCGGACCCCCGUAUUAUUUUGGACCCCCCUUUAUUAUUUACCGCGCGCUGCUUCUGGAUUGUAGUCCGCGCGCGAGGAGGAGGCAACAGCAGCGCGAGGCUCGAGACACGGACUGGCACGCGGCGCACCUCUGCAUCCGAACUGCAGCUCUGCUGUGAUGAUGACGCUGAGCGCACCGCUCCUCGCGCUCCUCUGGCUGGUCCAGGUGGUGUGUUCUGCGUUUCCAGAGGAGCCCGGACCCCUGAGCUCCAUCCCCACUGAAGUGGUCAGAAAGUACCCGGUGUUUCUGGGCCGACCACACCGCUCGUCUCUCAGACAGGAGCCUUUACAUAUCCAGAGAAUUCUGCAGGUCAACCGGACGCUCUACAUCGGAGCUAGGGAUGAUCUUUUCCGUGUGGAACUGGACAACGUGGUGGGAGAUGAGAUGUUCUACAGUAAGAAGAGGACAUGGGAAUCCAACAAGAAUGACAUCAGUAUCUGUAGGAUGAAGGGCAAACAUGAGAACGAGUGUCGGAACUAUAUUAAGGUUUUGCUGAGUCGGCAGGGUGGUCUCUUCAUCUGCGGGACCAACGCCUUCAACCCACUCUGUGCAAACUACACCGGAGACACUCUGGAGAUGGUGGGGGAGACGGUCAGUGGGAUGGCUCGAUGCCCUUAUGACCCCAAACAUGCCAACGUGGCUCUGUUCGCAGAAGGAAACCUCUUCACUGCCACGGUAACAGACUUCCUGGCUAUAGACGCUGUGAUCUACAGGAGUUUAGGGGACAGUCCUGCUCUUCGCACCAUCAAGCACGACUCCAAAUGGUUCAGAGAGCCGUACUUCGUGAAUGCUGUUGAGUGGGGGCCCCAUAUUUACUUCUUCUUCAGAGAGAUGGCCAUGGAGUUCAACUACCUGGAGAAGGUGGUGGUGUCUCGGGUGGCGCGGGUGUGUAAGAGUGAUAUGGGCGGGUCUCAGCGGGUGCUGGAGAAGCAGUGGACGUCAUUCCUGAAGGCCCGGCUGAACUGCUCCAUCCCUGGAGACUCGCACUUCUACUUCAACCUGCUGCACUCCACCAGCCCCAUCCUCCACCUGCACGGCAGAGACAUCAUCCUCGCUGUGUUCUCCACCCCAUCUAACAGUAUUCCAGGUUCUGCUGUCUGUGCGUUCGAUAUGGAGCAGUUGGCGUCUGUGUUUGACGGCAGGUUUAAGGAGCAGAAGUCUCCUGAGUCGAUCUGGACGCCUGUAGCAGACGAGCUCAUCCCCAAACCACGGCCUGGAGGGUGCGCUGUUCAAGGCUCGAAGUUCAACUCCUCCAACUCCUUCCCAGACGAAAUGCUGAACUUCGUGAAGACCCACCCGCUGAUGGACGAGGCCAUCCCAUCGCUAGGCCAGAGGCCGUGGAUAGUGAGGACGAUGGUCAGAUAUCAGCUCAACAAGAUGGUGGUGGACACCAACGCAGGUCCACACGGAAACCGGACCGUCCUGUUCCUGGGCUCCAGCCGCGGGACCAUCCUUAAAUUCCUGGUUGUUCCCAACCAAGACAACACCGCGCCCAACAACAACGUCUUUCUGGAGGAGCUGGAGGGAUACAACCCAGAAAAGUGUGGUCAGGACACUCCUCAGGCCCGGCAGUUACUGUCUCUCACUCUGGACUCAAACAGCCACACCCUGCUGCUGGCCUUCCCAUCCUGCGUGGUCAGAAUUCCCGUAGCCCGCUGCCAGCUUUACUCCCGCUGCAUGAAAAACUGCAUCAGCUCCCGAGACCCCUACUGCGGCUGGACCAGGGGGAGCACCUGCUCCUUCCUCCGCGCCGGAACCAGGCUUCCCUUCGAGCAGGAUGUAGAUCAUGGCAACACCUCGUAUUUGGGCGACUGUGAUGGUCUCCUUCAGGAGAGUUACAUAGAGGAGCCCGACGGCCUGGUUUCCGUCAACCUGCUGGUUCUGUCUGCAGUCUCUGCGUUCUCCACCGGGGCAGCCCUCUCAGGCCUUAUGGUCUGCUGGAUCAUGACCGUCAAGCACCGGCAGCGCUCCAGAGGAGGAGGGUCCGGCCCUGGAGGCCGCCGCAAAUGUGAAAAAGAGCAGAACAUGCUGGGACACAGGCGCAGCGGUUCUGUGAUUAGCGUGACACGGAUCAGUGAAAGACCUCACUCGCAGGUUGAAAACCUCUUCACCAAUGGCUGGCCCAAAUCUGGCGAGAUGGACCCGGGACUGCCCACUCCAGAGCAGACCCCACUGCAGCAGAAACGACCUACGCCCAAUGUCCACCUCCCAGACUCGGACUGGGACCAGAGCCAGACCUUCAUCACCCAGACUGGCCCGGCUAACACCGCCGUUUUGUACCUGAGCUCUGAUUACCUCCAGGGCAGCAAUGGAGGCCGACAAGAAGAUCCGGGUGACGUGGCCCCACAUGCUGAGAGGCAACGCUAUCUGAUACUGUCUCACCCUCCCAUCCAGAGAGAGCAAAGCGGCCGACCUUCCGCUCCAGUGACCCGUAACUCCGCCGGAGACUAUCGCCCGGCCACGCCUCAAGAAUCACCCGAUCGUAGGAGGGUGGUCUCGGCACCCACAACACAGUCAGAUUAUGGGGAACCUCCACGCUGGUCCCACAAUGGGUUCAACUAUAACAGCAACAAUGGCACACCGACUGGACACCACCAUCACCACCCUUAUCCAGUACAACCACGUACCAAUGCAUCUUUGGUGCGGCCCUCCCUCCAUUCCAACAGGGGGCACAACGAGAUGCAGGACUACAGCCACUACAACUUGGGCAAGACUUCAAGCGAGCGCACUGCCAAUGGACAGUGAAGCCUUGAUUUUGUCCCUUGGACUCCCGCUGACUCAAGUUUAGACAUCGCUUUCCUGCCGUGACUUCCCACUUUGCCCAAACUCUCUCACUGCCAUCCGGUGUCUCUGAAAGUCUCCUUCCUUCACCAAUGGGAUUACAACUAAGAAGGUCCAGCACUGAGAGUAUAAGACAGAGUGUACGUAGAGUGGAACUUGCAUUGCCCAAAGUUUCCCUCCAAUGAUCUUUAGCACUUAGUACUCUGGCUGGUGGCCUCUGCUGCCUCCUGACUGGCAACUGGUCAAGUGACUGCAAGCGCUCUUCAAGCACCUCUUCAGGAACCAGGAUAUAAAUAAAUCAAUUAAUAAAUAAAUAAUCGGUAUACUGUGAACUGGUAGGUGAGCGUCCAGCGAACAAACAGUAGCAUUUGCGUCGGAAAGCCUCUCUCAGCUGACUCGCGCUCAGAGUGGACGUGAUGGCUUUUUCCUUGCCCUCUGUUAUUUCUUGUUUGUUUGUUUUUUUAUUCGUUUUACUGUGGUCAGCAGACACCUGUGUACAAGCUACAUGCGCCCGUGUGUGUUUGUAUACGUACUUCUGAUAUAGCAAGUGAGCGCCCGAGGGCACGGAGCCGUCACGUAAUCCCAGGCAAGUCUAGAUAAAGCUAAUGGACGUGAUGUGAAGACAAAGAGGAGUCAAGGAGUCUACCCACACUGGAGAUACUCUAUGAGCCUGAUCUGAUGUCAACUGACUCUUUCCCUUCCCCCUUCUCUUCUACAACCCCCUUUUUUCCUGUGUUAGGAAGCAAUCAAAGACAACUGCCAUGCGACUCGUCUUCGAGGUCUAAAGACUUUUGUGCUUUUUCUAUCAGACUGUCGGUGGGUGAAUGGAAGCAAUGGAGGCUUUGCCAACUAUUGAGGAAUCGAUGGGAUUGCUAUUGCGGCAGCAGAAGGCUGGAGACUGCUCCAGACGGCAGGGAAUCCGCACUGGGACCUGCACCCUGGAACCUGAACCCAGGAACCUUGAUUGUGGGACAUGGGACACUGGGAAUAUUUAGAAAUAAUAAUAUUAAUAACGAUAGUAAUAAUAUUCACUGCGGGGUGGACUUGUUCGGUUUGUGCCUGUGAAACCCAGCAUAAAUGUUUCUGAUGUGUGUUUGCUGCUGGCUAGAAACACUGAGGGCUUUUGUGAGAGUCUGUCUUUUCCUCUCUCUAUCGCUCUCUCCCUCUCUCGUUCUUUCUGCCUCGUUGACCUGACCUCCCUCUCCCUCUCUCUUUCUCUUCUUUCUCCCACUCUCUCUUUCUUACUUCCUGGCCUGCCCGAUUUGACCUCCCUCUUUCUGCGGAGUGAAAUGUGAGCUUGGCUUUAGCUCUCUAUCUCUCCGCUCGCUCUGUCUGUCUGUCCCUCCGCCGCUGGGGAAUUGCGUUUGGACGAGGCUCGGGGACACUGAGGCUCUUUGUGCCGACCAGCCAGACUGGCCCAUCCCAAACAAACAGCCGUUAAAGAGUCAGGCCUUCACAGAAAUCCUGCCACUGGCCUGGUUCAGGGGAAUAUCAAUGAGGGGCCAGAUGACUGCUGCGCGAGUCCUGGAUCUUUGGAUCUUAGAUGUUAGGGCAGGAGGUCCAUAUGUACUUGCAAAGGGGUUACAUGCAUCUAAGGAGCCUUCUGCAGUAUUCUCCUAUUCAAUUCAUUUUAAAAGCAAGUAUUCAAUUAGCAUGACGGAUGGAAAACAAGGCAGAAUGACUUCCAGAAUGCUGUUACUGCUAGGAAUGGACCACUCACUGAAUAUAAGGGUUUAAAAAAGCUAACACUUUUGACACAGCCCCUUGACCUGUGGUUUCUUUAAAAGUUUUUGAAUUAGCUGUGCUAAGUUGGUCUAGGUAGGUAAAAAUACAUCUGAGCCAUAGUAAACAUAGCAACCACCUGGAGUACCAUAGCAACCACCUAUGAUAAACAUCUAUUUUUCAUCCUGUUUACCCUGUAGUAAAAGCCUAGCAACUA